AAACGCUUAGGUUGUAUUUCUGUCCUGUGUAUCGACAGGAUCGAGCUUCAAUUUGUGAGUCUUCUCUAUAUACAGAAUAAUAAGGAAACCAAAAGUACAUUGAAUCAAAAUCUUUAUAAAACGAAAUUCGAUUAUGAAGUGUAGUAAAUCAAUCUCCAAGGAGAAACUGCGGAUCAUUGCAGGAGCAGUCGUGUUGAUAAUAACUGUUUUGACUGUGUCUCUUGUCGUCAUAUUUGAGAUUCGCAAAUCUCCUGAUGAGGACGAUGAAAAGGACAAAAGAAGUUUGGGCACAACUUUUGACUGCACACAGAAACCCCUGUGUGAUGUUGAUGCUACCUGUACAGCUGACCUAAGAGACGAGAAACGUUACAUUUGUGUUUGUAACAAUGGCUUUAAAGGCAAUGGCUCUGUUUGUCGAGACAAUAAUGAGUGCUUAUCCCAAGAACUUCAUUCAUGCCCAUCUACUGCCAAAUGUGAGAACACGAUUGGUUCCUAUCAGUGCAGUUGUCUCCCAGGAUUCCAUGGGGAUGGCAAGUCUUGUCAGGAUAUUGAUGAGUGCAAGGCUAAUAUGCAUAAUUGCAGUGUUCGUGCACUUUGCAACAACACUAUUGGCUCUUAUGCCUGCAAAUGUCUUCCUGGCUUUAAAGGAAAUGGAUGGUCUUGUCAGGAUAUUGACGAGUGCAAAACUAAUAUGCAUAAUUGCAGUGUUCAUGCACUCUGCAACAACACUAUUGGCUCUUAUACCUGUAAAUGUCUACCUGGCUUUAAAGGAAAUGGAUGGUCUUGUCAGGAUAUUGACGAGUGCAAGGCUAAUAUGCACAACUGCAGUGUUCAUGCACUCUGCAAUAAUUCUAUUGGCUCUUAUACUUGUAGUUGUCUUCCUGGCUUCAAAGGAAAUGGCUGGUCUUGCCACGACAUUAAUGAAUGCGAGGAUGGGACUCACAAGUGCCACACACACGCCGCAUGUACAAACACCGGAGGCUCUCAUGAAUGCAGCUGCAUUUCUGGGUUUCGUGGAGAUGGUCAAGUUUGUCGAGAUGUCGACGAAUGUCUGGAUGGAUCACAUGACUGCAGUUUGCAUGCGACUUGUAUGAACACUGUGGGUUCUUAUUCAUGUUCAUGCAAAGACGGUUUCUAUGGUAAUGGACGUCUAUGCACUGACGUUGAUGAGUGCAGCGAAAGAAUUCAUCUUUGCGACGCUCAUGCCAGCUGUGUUAACAAGCCUGGUUCUUACAGCUGCUCCUGCAGAAAAGGCUACAUUGGAAAUGGACGACAUUGUAAAGCUUCCACCGCAAACCAAGGACAAACACUAAACAAACAAACAAUUAUUAUUAUUGCUUCUGUGUGUGGGUUUACCGUCAUUAUUGCUUUUGUUUGUUGUUUUGUGUUAUGUUUCUGUAGGCAAAAACGUCGAUAAGACUAUAGAUGUUACAUCCAUUACUCUGUAACUAGCUCAUUUUAAAUAUUGAAGGUAAUCUUUUCAAGCUAAGCAAAUAAGCAACAUGAGGAGGUAGUGGAUGUUGACCUCAAUGACUGUCUUCUUUUUAUUUUGGUUUGAAGCAUUAAUAUUAUUCAUUGAAACAUUGAGAUACGACUAGCGAAGCUUGUUGAAGAACGGAAAUGUUAUCAGUCCAGGUGUGGAAUUAGGGGGACAGCUAGAACAACAAUAAAGUAGAAAAAGAUUGUGUAUAUUUUGGCAGAAGUUAAGGCAAACACUUUGCACAGGUUCCUCAUUGUAA